AUGGAUGCCAAUACUUCAUCGCAGUUUGCGGUUCCAAUGUUACCCACUUACGGUGGAGGAGGCGGAACAAUUAAUUGUUGGUUUUUCUUUAAAGAUUGAGAUGGGCAAAAAAACGCGAGAGAAUGAAGAAAAAAAGAAAAGAACAAUGUAAACCAACCGGAAGUUGAUGGAAGAUUUAUAGGAAAUUAGAAAAAUGGCUUGAAGUGGGAAAAAUAGAUUUUUUCGUUUUUUGUUGUGCAGGUGUCACACAUCUGCUGAACAUUUUGGAAUACAACAUUUCAUUUUUGUCUUGAAGCCAAAUUUGUUUUAUUUUCAAAAACAUUUCAAUUUUUUCAAUGGAGUUAAAAAUAGAAAUUUACGAAAUACAAAUUUCCGAACUUGCGAUCUCUCUAGAAAAAUCUAAAUCUAACUUUGAUUUUGAAACAAUAAUUCUAAAUUUCCGAAAAAUUCUGUAUUCAUUUUUUUUAUUUCUGGCUAAUUAAAAAUUAGUAAAAUUCAAAAUAAUAUAUUUUCAUCAGAAAAAUCUUUUUAGAAUUUUCUUCGGGAAAAAAAUUCUCAAGUUUUUUAGAACAAACUUUUUAAUUAAAGUUAUUUUAUUUGUAACUGAAACUUCCCUUGUGAUACAACAUAAGAUAUCAUGAUGGGUGGUCUAAUCAAUAAACCUCCAACAAAGUUUCUUCAUCAACAAUUUUUACAAUGAAAACGAAACGUUUUUAGACUUUCCAAACCAACAUAAACUUUUUUUCAGCGAUUUCAAAUCGAAUAAUAAUGCCAAUGGCCUCCACAUCAUCUUCUUCCUCUUCUUCUUCGGAUAAUUUUGCCGUUCCAAAUGGAUCAACUUCUUCUAACUCACAACAAGCCGGAGUUAUUAGAAGACGUCGAUUCAGCACUGCUAAAAUUCAACCGGUAUUUGUUUUCUAAUCUAGAAUUCUUCAUAGAAGUAUAUUGAUUGAAACUUGCAGACUCGGAUCAAAAAAGUCAUGCAAUCUGACGAGGAAAUCGGUCGAAUGGUUCAAUCAGUUCCUGUUAGUAUUGGUAGAGCGAUGGAACAUUUUGCUGAAAAGUUUUUGCAAGCCUCAGCAGAUGCGACACAGUUUACCAAUUCGAAAACGUUGACACCUCAGCACAUGUGAGUUUUUUGCAUUACAGAAGUUUUUUUUUUAAUUCAAAACUUUUUUUCUAGGAAACAAGCAAUGCUUUGUAAUCCGCACUUCGCGUUCCUUGACACCGUUCUCAAAGAUAUUCAAAUUCCUCAAGGAAUCGUCGAAGCUUCGACAGCUCGAACUGUGGUUUCUCAACAAAAUUACCAAGAUCAACAAAAUAAUGAGAUGGCUAAUGCGAUUUUGGCAAAUGCGCAAAUGCAAUUACACCAACAAUAUAUGGAUCCGUUGUUGAUGAAUGGAAUUGGUGGAAUCGAAGGAACACCGGCACUUGGAUAUCCAAUUAUUCAAGAUGUUUUGACACCAACUACGCAAUUGGUGAGAAACUUUAUUUAUGCAUCUAUUCAUUUGCGAAAAAAACCGAAAAAAAUGUAUUUUUUUACAAUUUUUUUCUAUUCACCAAAAUGCACGAAAUAAAUGUCAAUCGUGACAAGACCCACACACAUUUCAAGGAGAAAAAUAUGCGAGAAAAAAAAACAAGAAAUGAAAUUUACGAAAGCAUGCAUUUUUCACACUCGUUGCCUUGAAAUGAGUGUGGGUCUCGUCACGAUUGCAUGUAUUUCGCGACAAUUUGUGAUUUUGGUGAAUAGAAAAAUAUUGUAAAAAAAUACAUUUUUUUCGUGUUUUUUUGCAAAUGAAUAGAUGCAUUAUUGAUUUUUGGCCAGAAAAUAUUUCAAAAAAUCGAGAUUUGAGAAAAGUAGAAUGUGUUUUAAAAAAAAGUUUUCAAAAAUAUUUCGACAAAAUUUGGAAACUUGAAAAAUUCUGACUUCAGUAUUUGGAAAUUUUUAGUUCUUGAUAAAGACAUCAAUUUUUUGUCUUUUUUUUUUGAGAUUAUUCUUUCUCUCAAAUUAAUUUCCAAAAUAUGAUUUUCCAGGCCAACGAUAUGAUGGGAAUGUUGAAAACUGCUCAACAAAAUUCGCAAUUCAUAAUGCCGGCCAGAAUCCAAAACGGUGUUAAACGAGCAUCAAUCGAUUCAGCCGGUGAUGAGGAUAGGAAAAAACGAGGAAGACCAAAGAAAAAGAAAUCUGAAAGGUUUAUUAGCUCUCUUCAAUUGUUUUCGAUAACAAAAUACCUCAAUGUUUACUUUCAGAUGCAUCGAUGAUGAUUUGUUCGAAGAAGCAUCUCGAAAUGUGGCAAAAGAAGAUAAAGAUCGCGAAAUGAUGCCACCUCCACAACUCCCCGGGUUUAUCCCAUAA